GGCGGCCCUCCGCGGCCCUCCGCGGCCCUCCGCGGCGGGGGGGGGAGGGGGGUUGUCCCGAGGGGCGGUCACAGAAGCGGCCUCGCUGCGGUGCAAGCCUCGGGUUUAUUCUGCAACACUAGUGGGAACUGCUGUUGGGAGCAGUUCGCUGUAACUGAGUCUGCCUGGAGUCUCCCUUUAAGUCCUCCUGCCUGUUCGUGCAUUUGAAGAAUCUGUGCAAGAUUCCAGAGGGAAUGUCAGAGACCCUGGACGGAGAUGUAUGUAAGGAGGUGCUGCGGCGGCCACGUUGGUCCGCGUUGCGCUUGGCGAGCAGACGGUUGGAGCCGCUCCGCCAGCCGGGGAGCCUUCGUCCUGCCCGGUACCCGGCGGAGAGGAAAUCCGCGGACCGGGAGCGCGUUCCGGGCCGGGGGCCGCACUUGCUGGAGGGUGAUGAAGUAGAGCAAAAGGAUGUGUCAAGAAAUGAAAUGCUUGAGCCCCCAAAAGGGUUUUACAUGGAAACAAUUGUGACGUAUAAAGAAGAUUUUGUUCCAGUCACUGACAGGAUCCUCAACUUCUUAAAAUCAUGGACAGGUGGCCCCGGACCAGAAUCAUGAUUAACUGCUGAAUGCUGAGGAUGCCCGGGUGGCUCAGCAGUUUAGCGCCUGCCUUCAGCCCAGGGCGUGAUCCUGGAGACCUGGGAUCGAGUCCAACAUCGGGCUCCCUGCAUGGAGCCUGCUUCUCCCUCUGCCUGUGUCUCUGCCUCUCUCUCUCUCUCCCUUUCUCUCUCUCUCUCUAUCUCUCAUGAAUAAAUAUCUCUCAUGAAUAAAUAAAUAAAAUCUUAAAAAAAAAAAGGGAAAAACUGCUGAAUGCUUAAAACCAGUACUUUUGUUCAGCAUCUACAUUUGAUGGAUGCUUUGAUUUCCAGUUUAUGUUUGUGAAAAGUGGAUCUGUAUAAUUUAAUUUUGCUGUAAAACAAAAUCACUAGUAGUAUGCAAUAAAUCUUUCCUUGAGGAAAAGCAAACUUGCAUAUUUAAGAGGUGUCUCUCACAAGAGUGAAAGGUUGAAGUGAAAUUUCACGUGGAGCUUCCAUAAGCUCAGUUUUCUGAAACUGUUUCAUGUAACUUUAUAUUUCUUUCAUGUUGUUGGCAGAUAGGGCUUUAGUGGCCCCUUGAAGGCUGCAUUCAGCAAAUCUCCCACCUUCAGUC